AAAUAUAUAUGUUUAGCUUAUAAGAGGAAUAAAUUGCUGUUCGUACAAAAGUGCAGCAAUCGCGCAGCAGCUGUGUCAGUCGGUGGUGGGCAACGACGACACCGAUACACCGCGACGCGGAUGACGGCACGUCGUGUCCUCUCAAAAAGGAAUCGCGCUUGGAGCUCGGAUCGCAAAUCCGGUGACUCGUGGCACUGAUCGUUUCGUCCUGUCGUAAGUCGAACAUCAAUCUCUACGCUCUGGGCGGCGAGAAUCGAAUCACACGUCGAGUGACACGAGAGAGAUCGCGCGCGCAGGUUAACGCACGGCUGAUGCGUUCGUCUGGGCUCUGGGGGGCGAGUCUCGCGGGCUGACAGAUACAGUGAGAGACAGAGAGCUAGAGGGAGAGAAAGAUGUCAUAUAAAAUCGGGCAGCGCGUCGAGGUCCCCGUGAAGGAGUGCCAAGGCGUGAUCGCCUACGUCGGCCAUCCGGCGUUCGCGUCGGGCAAAUGGAUCGGCGUGAUACUCGACGAGCCGAAGGGGAAGAACAACGGCAGCGUCAAGGGCCAGGUGUACUUCAAGUGCGCAGAGAAUCAUGGCAUGUUUGCACGCCAAACGCAACUUAUUUUGCUGGACGAGGCUGGCAAUAGAACUGAACCAGUCAGCCCAUCAUCUGCAGGCAGCAAUGCCACAACACCUGAUGAUAGCGCCGCUAGAGCCAGAAGUCGACUAAACAGCAUUAGUAUGCGUCGAAGGAACGAGCCUACAGCUGUACGGAGAAAAACAUCUCCUGCGAAUGUUACUCGCCAGCAAACUGACAAACUUUAUGGUUCUCGAUUAUCUUUAUCUGGAAGUAGAACAUUAUUAAGUGCCCCAAGUACAGAAAGCCUAACUGGAUCGUCGCACGACCGUAGAGACGGCGGCGAGUCAUUAAUCCCAGCGCCAACCUCGACUUCGAAGCGGGCCUCAUUCGUUGAGAAGUCCCCUAGCACGAGCUCGCCUCCCGGCAAAAAGCCAAAGGCCCAAGAUGAUCAGAAUAAUACAGGUUUUGUAGAAACGUUGAAACCGCAAUUCGUACCCGGUCAGGUCAUGGCGGGUUCGGCGGCGGCUGCGAACUUGGUGGAAGAAAAAUUGUCGCACUUGCAACUUGUGCAAGAAAACGACAAUUUGAAAUCUCAGGUACGCGAUCUUACCGAGAAAGUAGAAACGCUACGUGUAAAGCGAAUGCAAGAUAAGGAAAGGAUGAAAGAUUUCGAAAAGACGAAACUACAGGUUGAGCAGCUGCUUGAAUUUAAGGCUAAAGUCAUGGAAAGUCAAGCAAGCCUGCAAAGAGAACUUCAACGAGCACGGCAAGAAGCCAGAGAAGCUCACGCUGCGAGGGAACAAUACCAAGAAGAAAUGUCUGAUCUUGCAGAAACAGUGGAGAUGGCUACAUUAGAUAAAGAAAUGGCGGAAGAGAAGGCUGAAACUCUUCAGAUCGAGUUGGAGCAACUCAAGGAAAAAUUGGAGGAACAAACAUUGGAUCUAGAGAUAUUACGCACAGAAAUGUCUGAGCGGGCAGCCGGCGGUGGAACGACUACGGCCAAUGCUUCGAGCUACGAGGUGAAACAACUGGAACAGCAAAAUAACAGGUUGCGUGAAACGCUCGUGAAAAUGCGAGAUUUGUCGGCGCACGAGAAACACGAAUUCCAAAAACUGCAAAAGGAUAUGGAUCAGAAGAAAUCUGAGAUCCUGGAAUUGGGUCGUACCAAAGAGAAAUUGUCGUCACGGGUCGAAGAAAUGGAACAUCAGAUAGCGGACCUACAGGAACAAGUCGAUGCGGCGUUAGGAGCCGAAGAAAUGGUCGAGAUGCUAGGCGAGAAAAAAAUGGCGUUGGAAGAAAAAGUGGCUGAACUGGAAGAGGCUGUUGCAGAUUUGGAGGCUCUGCAAGAUAUGUCAGAUCAAUUGGCCGAAUCGUCCAAAGAAUUGGAGUUGGAGCUUCGCGAGGAGUUGGAUCUUGCACUUGGAGCAGCGCGCGAUGCCCAACGGCACCGAGAUGCCGCAUUGGAGACGCUCGCGGAUCGCGAAUUAACCAUCACAAAGUUCCGCGAACUCACGCAUCAGUUGCAGGAACAGUGUUUGCAGUUGCAACAACGAGUUCAAUCGACGGAGUCCAUCAAGACUAACGUUCGAGGUGCGGACCAACUUGCGGAGAUAUUAGACUUCCAAAAAACAUUCGCCGAGACCCGAGCGCAAACCAAGGCGGUCGACCUCGAACUGCGUCGCUUAGACGCCGAGGAGGCACGAAAUCACGUAUGCUAUUUGCUGUCCUUCAUGCCUCCCGCAUUUUUGACUCGCGGUGGAGAUCACGACGCGAUAUUGACACUCUUACUGAUACCGAGAAUGACACAGAAAACGGAGAUAUUGAUUUCGCAAGUUCGGGAAAAGUACAGAUCGAUCGAGAAGAUAGACAGGCCUUCUGUAGUGAGAGGUCACUCGGUAGCGCAGUAUUCGUUCAGAUCUCGUCUGUGCUCGCACAUGUACGCCUUACAGACCACCCUGGGCUGCUUCGAGUCUGCUUUGAACUCGUGCACCUCGGAGAUGUUACUUAAAGCGGGAGCGGCUUAUCCGGAAAUGGCGGCGCAGGAGAAGUCCUUGGACUCGUUGAUAGAGCUGGCUAAGCGGGAUCAGUUGGACGAGAAUUUGCCGAUGGACGCGAUCGAGAAGUGUUGCGGAUACUUCGCCACGAUGUUCUCCGUGCUCUUCGGCGAGAGUACGGCCGUCAAUCAGGCGCGUCUGAUCGUGAACGGCACGAGAACCUUGGGCAACACCUGCGACGCCAUAGCUACCGACGCCGCGGCGAUCAAAGUAUUGAUACAAGGAGAGGGUGCCGAUAUAGGCAAGCUCUGUCAGCAUGUCGAAACGACGUGCGAGGUGAUACAGCAGCAUUUGAAAUCGGCCAGAAGACGAGUGCCGCGUGAUCACGCUGGUCCAGCGUUUACCGUAGGCGCCAAUUUAGGAUUAGACAAAGAUUGCAACGAACAGUUUUCGACGUGCUACCAGCACGGUGUGAAGAUCAUGAAGACACUUCAAUACCUAUUGAAGAGUGCCUUGCAGGCUAUUACCGAAAAUGGCGAUUUAGACGCGGGAUUGGCGGCCGAUAAGUUGAAGGAGAUGGCCGCAACCUCGAGCGAAAGAGUAUACGAUACGGAAGACCUGGGCCCUGUCGCCACUAUCAAGGCUAGCUUAACGGUGAUACAACAACUGGCGGCAAAUCUGGCGCAGAAGAUGGCCGAGUGCGAGAACGAAUUAGCUAUAAGCGGACAGACACAAAGCCAGCAGCAGACUAGGGAGAGCGAGCGAAUAACGCCGAUUGUGGCUAGAUCGAAUUCCGUGCGGAAGGAGGUGGAGGAGACGAAAAUACUCAGCAGAAAACUCGAAGCGAGGGACAGCGAUAUACGCGAGGCGCGAUUAGCUCUGCGAGAGAAGCAAGAAGAAUUGUCCGAAAUGACGCUGCGGAAGGAGUUGGCCGAGAAGCGUUACGCGACGCAACAGCAUGAGCACGAGAUGAAUGUCGAGAAGUUGAAGAGAAAGUUAGAAGAGGCGCAGAAUCAAUUGAAACGCAAGGAAAAGGAAUUCGAAGAAACAAUGGACCAUCUUCAGACCGAUAUCGACAGCCUGGAAACAGAGAAGGGGCAAUUGAAGGAGAAACUGAAGUCAAUCGGCAAGAAAACGAUAUCGGCGUCUGGCGCAGACAGCAUGACGGGAAGCACGUCGAUAACGAGCACUCUGGACAACAAAUAUUACGUGCAGGAGAUAAACGCCCUCAAGCAAGCUUUGAAUAAUGAGCACCAACAAAAGAAGAAGGUAAUGUGCGCUGUCUUGCGUCAAAAGUUGGACAGCUUGGAACCGUUGCCGUCGCCGACGAAUCUCAAGUCUCUGGACACGAAAAUUCAAGAAUUGCGAAAGAAGACUACUGAUCUCGUCAAGGAUGUCGAAAAGACUCUGGUAUACCCGACAGUUCCCGACUUGAGGCGCAAAGUGCCCGAAACGUCAUAUCAUUAUUUGCUGGAACGACAGAGGAACAUUAUGCAACUGAAGGAGCGAGUUGACGAGCUAGUGGCCCAGGUACGUCGCGAGGCUAUCAAACGCACGCCGGGCGGAAGGGCGGAAGCGAAUUUCGCCGUGUAUCCGAAUCGCGAGAUGGCGGCGGCGAUGCAGGAACGCAAAUUACUCGCCGCCGAGAUAAAGAUCCCCUACAAAGGCCCGGAACAAUCCUUCUCUGUCAACGUAGGUCCGCAAGAACUUAGGAAAAUUCACACUCUACUGUACUAUUAAGAAUACGCGUUGUUUUUAUUAUUUAUUUUUUUUGUCGUGACUAAGUAUGUGAUCACAGAAUCCUCACGAUAUGUGCAUCGAAAUGAGAGACUACCUUUUUCUAAUAAUUUGUUCACGCAAAUAUUUUGUACUACGUUGCCGUACCCUCGUCGUGCUCUGCUAAAAGUGAAGCGAGCUAAUUAAUACAUGUUGUUACGAAUAAACGCGGCAUUAGCUAGGCUUUUAUACAGAGAACUUCAUGUCGUGUCCUUGUAUCGAUGUGAAAAAAAGAGGUACAGGGCAAGAUCUUAGUAAUUCGUAAUGUUUGCACUUGUGCAAUGUUUAUUUAUUUCCGAUGGGCUACAGCGCGAUGACCGGCGCAUCGCAGCUGGGAGGCUCUUAGUGUUCAUUACGUUUGUAAACGCAAUGUUAUUUAGUAUUAACAAUACGGAAGAAAAAUCAUGUGCCUCCGCGGCUUGUCUGUAUUAUAUUAUAUAUAUAUAUAUGCCUUUAAGAAUUGUCAAAUAUAUGGUCUAAAAAUAUUUA